UGUCUGUUGUGAAAAGGCUUAUUGUGAUUAGUCUUGUUCCUUUAUUUUAUCAUCUGAAAAAAUAUUAUUAUAAUAUUAAUAUUGAUUUCAACUGUAUCAUCCAGCACUAGUUUAUCAGAUUUGUAAAGUUAUGAGAUGUUGGAGUAAGUGGGAGGAGAGAGAGAGAGAUAGAGAGAGAUCAAGAGAUAGAUGGAAGAGGAUAAUAGUAUUUAAAACUUUAAGCACCCAGAUCAUCUCAGCCAGGCAGCAUUAGACGAUGAGAGUCACUUCCUACACCAUCACUGUGUGUGUGUGUAUGUGUAUGUGUAUUUGUGGAACGCCUCUCACAGCUGUGUGUCUGAUCGGUAUGCAUGCUGACAUGAUUUCUCUCUGAAUUUGUGUGAAAGCAUUUCCUAUUCUUGCCUUCUUAGUUUUGUAUGUGUGUGAGAUCACACAUGCAAGAUGCCAGCUGUGUGUGUUUGUGUGUGUGUAUUUGUAAGAGUUAGAUGGUGUUAGAGAUGCCAGGCUAUCACUCUAUGCAGGUUAAUUGAUUUUAGGUUCACACACACCCAGUGGGGACCAUGUUGACCCACCUCAGAGCUCGUAGCAGGAGUUUGUUCCCCAGCUACAAGCACAGCAGCUGGACCCAAGCUGUCAAAGAACCGUCCGAAUGUUUGGACUUCAGCAACACCUCCAUAAAGCCCUGGAACUCCAUGCAGGACCUCAGCAAAGACAUCUAUGAUCUUUAUGCUGAGGAUGAAGAUGAGGAGGAGGAUGAUCGAUUCGCAGUGUCUCCCUCCCGUCUGGCGCUUUCUCCAACCAAACACUUCACCCUCAACAUCAAUGUUGGAGGAACGGUGUACCUCCUGCCCUACAGGUUAGCUGCCAGGUAUCCGAAAACACGGAUUGGCCGAUUGGCUACAUACACAGACCACAGCAGGAAGUUGGACCUGUGUGAUGACUACAUUGUCCAGAGCAACGAGUUCUUCUUUGACCGGGACCCUAAAAUCUUCCACAAUAUCUUCAACUUUUACAGGACUGGAGUGUUGUGGAUUAAAGAUGAAUUGUGUCCCCGCAACUUCCUGGAGGAGAUAAACUACUGGGGCGUCAGAAUCAAAAACAGCCAACGCUGCUGCCGCAUCUCCUUCGAAGAGAGGCAGGAUGAGCUGAACGAGCAGCUGAAGAUACAGAGACAGCUGAUGGCAGAGAUGGAGAUGGAGGAGAACGAGGCGUUAUAUCACGGCAUGGCCUUCGGGCCGACCCGCAGGAAAAUCUGGAACCUGAUGGAAAAGCCGUUCUCCUCUGUCACUGCCAAGCUGAUGGCGCUCGCCUCCUCCGUCUUCGUGCUGGUCUCGCUGGUCGCCAUGACGCUGAACACAGUGGAGGAGAUGCAGUACAAGACGGCGUCGGGUCAGCCGAGCGGCAGGUUUUACGGCGAGUAUGUCGAAACGUUCUGCAUCGCUUUCUUCACCCUGGAGUACCUGCUCCGCCUGGUGUCCACCCCUGACCUGAAGCGUUUCGGAAGCAGCGUGCUGAACACGGUUGACCUGAUCGCCAUCCUGCCGCACUACCUGCAGAUGGGACUGGAGUGUUUUGAGGACAAGGACAUGCACCUGCAUUCAGGGGACAUCGAGACCGUGGGUCGUGUUGGAAAGGUGGGUCAGGUUCUGAGGAUCAUGCGUCUGAUGCGUAUCUUCAGGAUUUUGAAGCUGGCUCGUCACUCGACAGGCCUCAGAGCCUUCGGCUUCACACUGAGACAGUGCUACCAGCAGGUGGGCUGUUUGCUGCUUUUCAUCGCCAUGGGGAUCUUCAUGUUUUCAGCCAUGGUGUACACUGUGGAGCACGACGUUUACAACACCAACUUCACCUCCAUGCCGCACGCAUGGUGGUGGGCCGCUGUGAGUAUUUCCACGGUGGGCUACGGCGACAUGUUCCCAGAGACUAACCUGGGCCGCAUCUUCGCCUUCGCCUGCAUCUCCUUCGGCAUCAUCCUCAACGGCAUGCCCAUCUCCGUCCUCUACAACAAGUUCUCCGACUACUACGCCAAGCUCAAGUCCCACGAGUACACCACUGUCACCAAGGCCCGCGGGAAGGUGCACUUCACCAGGAGGGCGGCCAAGAGGUUCGCCGAGUGUUGCGAGGACGUCGUUCCGCCAAGGACAUCCCGCUUUCAGUAACCUGCGGCUUUCGAGUCUAUAGUAAGAUCUGGGAAGCAGGAGGGACAGUCCAGGAUGUGAUUGGGACAGCAGAGAAGAACAUCAGGAAAAGAUGGAGGGAAAACUAAAAUCUGGAAAGAAAAUUCAAAUCUUGGAAAGUGAUGUUGGAAGUGAAGCUGUGGCAUUCUAUACAGACUCCAUGGCAGAAAUAGACUGCAGGAAGAAAACACUUUUUGGAUUCAAAAUCUCACUCCCAAGUUCAAGAUCAGGAUUUGACCUGAAGGAAUGUUUCAUUUUGUGUCCUUUGAUCCAUCCUCUCAUUCAUCCCCUCCUCCUGUUUAUUCCUGUUAAGCCUAUCCAAGCAUGCACUGGGAGAAAGGUAAGGAAAUGCCCUUCAUUUUUUUCUUCUCCUUUAUUUUAUUUAUUUGCCAAAGUGUUAUAUAUAUUCAUCCUUUUUAAUCUACAUCUACACCAAAGCUGUCAACAGCAUCAUCGUCCUCUUCUCUUUCUCCAUCAACACUCUAUCCAUUAGUCUCUAAAGCUGACAUGUAAUCCAGGAUUCAGUAGCGCAGGACGACAGGACUGAAAUAAAUCAUAAGUCUCAUAUCCAUCUGGACCAUGGAUAUGAGACCUGUUUAUCUGC